AUGACCUCCAACGCCGGCAGCGGGGAGAUGACGGGCGUGAUGGUCGAGAAGGACAUGAGGGAGAAGCACGGGUUCCCGCCGGAGUUCCUGAACCGUCUCGACGAGGUGAUCGUGUUCCGGGAGCUCACCAGGCCAGAGAUGAAGGAGAUCGCCUCCAAGAUGCUGGAGGAGGUGGUCCGGCGGAUGAGGGAGAAGGGGAUGGAGCUGCGGGUGACGGAGAGGUUCAAGGAGGUGAUGGCCGAGGAAGGGUACGACCGCAGCUACGGCGCGCGGCCGCUGCGGAGGGCCAUCACCAGGCUGCUGGAGGACAAGCUGGUGGACAUGAUGCUCGCCGGGGAGGCCAAGGAAGGGGAUUCGUUGACUGUAGAUGUUGACCCCGAGGGGAACGUGGUCGUCCACAACCGACGGGCUGGCUGA